GUCGAUCUAUUUUACGAUAUGCUUAAAAGUGUUUCGAAACCCACAAUUUGUGCAGAUCCGUUUAAGAUGUGGUCAUUGGUUGUUCUAUCGUUCUGUGUAAUACAUACCGUCAGAGGCCGUAAGUAAAAUUUAGCAAAAGUCAAUUCUUUUACCUUCAUGUCAUAUAAUGCAUCUUGCCGUAGAAUGUACGAUCAAUGUAAAAACUGAUCUCACCUUUCCGGAGCCUGUGUUUCUGAAGAACGGCAAUCUUUGGAUACCAACGAAUGGACAACUUAGCUGGUCAAUUGGUGAAUCGAAUUUCGUAGCAUGUCCCAAAAACAACGUGGUCAAUACUUUACUAGACAAAGCUUUGAUUACGUGUGUUGCUGGCAGCACGUUCCUAUUAAACGGGUUUCCCGUCAAUAUAUCCAGCAUCGUUUGCUCGAAAGCUGUCACUGGCGAUCACCAAUCGACCAACGAGGGAUGUGGUAAUGGUGGCACGAUACGCAACAUUGGAUUUGAUGUGUCAGGAAUAGGAUUUGUCAACCAUUUUACUGUGUGUUACAAUGGACAAACUGCGUCUGCUAUCUACACGAAACACACGAUCAAUGGAGAUUCUAUUUCCUCCAGCAUAGUGGAAUCCUAUCGUCCAUCGUUUAAAGUGGCCGGAGUGCCUAGCUCUGUUCUGGUGGACACUUCUUACACCAUCAAGUCGCAACAAACGCGGCUAGCCCAACUGCUGGGUUCUGCAACGCAAGCAGCUAAAUAUGUAAACUCUGCUUCCUACCUUGCACGGGGACACAUGACACCGGAUGCAGACGGUAUUUUCCGCACGUGGCAAUGGGAUACCUACUUCUACGUUAAUGUUGCACCACAGUGGCAGAAGGUAAAUGGUGGUAAUUGGUUAACUAUUGAAAAGACUGCGCGCACCAUUGCCGAUCGUCUACAAACCGAUGUAACGGUGUACACGGGAACGUUCGACAUCCUAACACUGCCACACGCAAAUGGAACACAGGUGCCAAUCACGCUGAAUGUCAACGGUAUAACGGUUCCCAAAUGGACAUGGAAGGUUAUUAAGUCACCCGGCACUAAAGCGGCAAUUGCGUUCAUCACCAGCAAUGAUCCGUACCGAACAACGAUCGAGCCUAGCGAACUCUUGUGUGCGGAUAUCUGCCGGGAGUACGGUUGGUACAAUGAUUCGUUCGAUACAUUUGCCAAGGGAUUCACGUACUGUUGUAACGUUCGAAAUUUGAUAGCAAACGUUGACAGUGUGCCAAUCGAAGCGUUAGCUGAAAAUGUACUAUCGUUCUAAGCAAAUGAAGAAGGGCUAA